CUAUUGCCAAAAGCUGCAACACUUUUUUGCCAGAGCAAUGUUUGUGAUUUUUUUUGAGCAGUUUUCACGCGAACCUUUCCACACCAAAAUUUUUCGGAAACAUCUCAGAAGUUUAAUUGAAUUUUUUCAAAUAGCGGGAAUUCGAUUCUGGUCAAGUUUCUUAUUCACCAUACAAUCGUUACAAUUAAAACUACGAAAAUAAAUUAUUGUCAUUUUAUUUUGUUACUAGCAAUGAAUUAAAAUUUUCAUCAGAUAACGUUAACAUGGAUAAAAAUAUUACGAUAAAAGUCGAAGAAUUUAGCAACCAAAAUGAAGAUGGUAUUGAAGAAAACAUUGUCAUCAGUGGAAACAAUGAUGAAAUCAUAGCCAUUGAUGAUAAUUCGAAUAUACAGUUAGGAUAUUACAAUCGCAUAGUACAAGAUGAUGAUGAAUUUUUAAAAGAUUCACAUAAUCUGAUCGCUGAAAAUGAAAAUCUCAAAAAAGAAUUGACUGCAACUCAGGAAAAAUUUUCCAUUUUACAAUCGCAAGUACAACAUCAGGCUAAAUUGAUUGAAUUAAUAUUACGACUUGAUAUGGUAAAAUCCGUUGAUGAACCAGACAAACGAGAGAUGGAUGAUUUGCAACGAAAAAUACAACUAUGUUACAAUCUUGUCGAUGAAUGUAAUAUAAAAUUUAACGAACUGUCCAAUAAACGACGAAGAGUGUUGAUUGUCACUGACGAUCCUGUUCCUUCAAAAGUCGAAAAACGAGCUGCCAUUUGGAACCAUUUUACCAUAUUGGUAGAUACUGAUGGAGAAAAGAAUAUUGAAUGUAAUUUUUGCGGAAAAUGUUUCGUUUAUGAAUGCAUGAAUGCACACAAAUGUCGGGAACAUAUUAAUGAAAAAUGUGACAAGGCACCCGAUGAAAUCAAAACCACAAAGGCUCGACGUUACAAUUCUCCGCCAAGUGGUUCAAAAUAUACUGUUUGGAAUUAUUUCGUUAAUUCUGAAAAAGAUGGUAAAACCACAAUCAAUUGCAUCUUUUGUGGUAUUGAAUAUUCGUCACGAAAUGCAACCAAAUGUCGAGAACAUUUAGCAUUCAAAUGUCGUAAGAUAGAUGAGGACGUACGAAUCAAAAUGCGAUCGACAUUCAGUCAAGAAUAUAGAAUCUUACAACAAACAAAACGUUCUACGAUCUGGGAACAUUUUUGCAUCAUUAACGACGAUGACAAAACUGUCAUACAAUGUAUCUAUUGUUGUAUGAAUUAUGCCAACAAAAAUGCCACCAAAUGCCGAGAACAUCUUCUUGAAAGAUGUGAUAAAAUACCGUUAAAUAUAAGGCACAAAAUUAACAAUUCGUUUUAUGAAUCCCCAUUAAAAACUUGGACACAAAUCAAAAUACCAAUUUGGAAGCAUUUCUCAAUGAUCACAUUUCAAGGGCGUCAACAAUACGAAUGCAAUUAUUGCAAAAAACUUUAUUCUUCCAAAAAUGUCACUAAAUUUCGAUUACAUCUUCUAUAUAAAUGCGAAGAUAUACCUGAUGAUGUUAAAUCCCGUAUAAAUAUCGAGAUGACGCGAUCAACACAAAAAUCGUCUACCAAUAAUGAGGAUGGCGAUUAUUAUGAAGAUGAAUCUCAACAUUUGAAAGAAGAUGAUGAUGAUGAUGAUGACGAUGAAGAGGAUGUGGAUGAAGGAGAUUAUCCAGCAGAAUUAUCUACCGUCAAACAUGCUACCACAGAUGAAUCCGAGAAUAAUAUUAACGAUACUAAUAUCAAUGAACAUGUCAAUUCCAAUCACUGUGAACAUGAUGAUGAUAAUGAAAAAAACUAUGAUGAUGAUGAUAAUAAUGAUGAUGUAAAAGAAGGAAUAGCAAAUCAUACUAGAUCUUCUCGGUUCAAACGAAGGAAAAUGAAUUGAUUUGCUAAAUGAAUUUUUUUUAUCGAAACAUUUAUCUGAAUCAUUCUUUCCUCCUCUUUGGCGUUUUUAUUUUUUUUCUUGUAAAAUAAGAUUAUUAUUAUAUAAUAAAUCAAAAAUACACA